GUGAUCAGCGCAGCACUGGUGUGUAUGAGAGGAAAAUGUAUCGUCUCGGACAACAGUGUACCUCCCAGAUCGCUUUCAAUUGCCUUUUCUUCACGGUGCCGCGGGGUUAUUUUCAUUUUGCUAGACAACACAAUAAAAGCUGGUCGUGUAUUGGCUGAUUUUUGAUCAAAAAGUGACGAUUUGGAAAGCAAAGAAAAUGCGAAAGGCCAAGAAGAAGAGCGGCAGAGGGGCGCAGCAUGGAAACGUGCAGCCUUUCAGCGACGAGGACGCCUCCGUUGAGACGCUCAGUCAUUGCAGCAGCUUCAGCGAUGUCACCAGUGUGGCUGAUGAAGGUGGCGAGGCCAGCGAGGAUGCAGCCCAAGAGGAUUUCCAGUACAAGCUCAAGGGAUUCAUCGACAGCACGGUGGACAAGAGCGCUAAGACCAGACAGGGGGCGCUGGACGGGCUCAAGACGGCAAUGGCCACGCGCAUCUUGUACGAGUUCAUCUCGGAGCAAAGGAUGACCAUCACCGAUAGCAUCGAACGCAGUCUGAAGAAAGGGAAAGGUGAAGAGCAGCGGGCCGCGGCGUCGUUGGCUUGCCUGCUGUGCAUCCAGCUGGGCUCUGGCAUCGAGAGCGAGGAAGUGUUGAAGACGCUCAAGCCUAUUUUCAAGAACAUCCUGGCCGACGGCUCGGCAAACAUGCAAGGCAGACAGGCGGUGGCGACAAGUUUGGGCCUCUGCACGUUGGUUGCCGAAGAUGACGUUUUGGACGUGUGCGCCACCAUGGAAUGCUUCGAGAACCUCUUCAGCCGCUCCUACGCCAGGGCGGACGGCACGUGCGCCUCCAUCAGCGCUCCCGUCAGCCAGCUCCACACCAACGCUCUUUUGUCCUGGGCCCUGCUCCUCACCAUCUGCACCGGCAGCCAGCUCAAAGACAUCUUGCGCAAACAUCUGCCCAAGCUUCCGAGGUUGCUGGAGAGCGACGACGUCAACAUGAGGAUCGCCGCGGGAGAGACCAUCGCGCUGCUUUUCGAGCUGGCCAGAGAUUUGGACCCUGAGUUUGAAUUUGACGCCUGGGACGAGCUGUGUGACAAACUGAGCGCGCUGGCCACCGACUGCAACAAACAUCGCGCCAAGACGGACAAAAAAAAGCAACGCUCCGUGUUCCGGGACGUGCUCAAAGCCGUCGAGGAGGGCGACUUCCAGUCGGAGAGCAUUCGCUUCGGGACAGAACGCAUGACCAUCGACAGCUGGCUCAGGAAGAGGAUGUACGACGCCUUCAGGGAGUUUGUGGGCUCGGGAAUGAACUACCACUUGCAGGCCAACGAAUUCAUCCGAGACGUGUUCCAACUCGGGCCCCCAGUGCUGGUCGACUCGGCCACGAUAAAGGCCAUGAAAAUCUCCCGCUUUGAGAGGCAUCUUCACAACUCGGCCGCCUUCAAAGCUCGGACCAAAGCCAGAAGCAAGUUUAGGGACAAGAGAUCAGAUGUGGGCGACUUCUAAGUUGUUUUUUUUUUUUCCCGUGAACAACUUAUUUACAAAUAUUCUUUGCUUAUAAUCACUUGUUUUAACAUGUGUGUAACGUUUUGGGUAAUUUCUACACCAUUUGUAACACUACGCCUGUAUGUUAAGCGCGUUCACACUCAUUGUGAUAUUGUACAUAUGUCAGAUUUCAAAAUUCCAGUAAAGUUAGAUUAGUACUGAUCGUAUUUAUAUUUUCGUCCGCCCUCUUUUGUUACGUUGCGCUAGCUAGCUGACCACGAGAAGUUUCAACGUGUCCAACCUGGUGUUGCUAUAUUUUGCAUUGGGUGUAUGAAGAAGAAAAAAUACGGUGGUAAUAAAGUGCAAACAAAAGGA